AUGGGAGGAGAGGAGUCAAAACCUCCACCUCCACCUCCACCUCCACCUCCUCCACUUUUAGAUCAGCCAUGGAGGAAUCUAUCAUGGGACAAGCAGAAAGACCUCACUUUUGUGAAAAACUACAAACCUCAAAACAAAGAAGUCAAACAUGUCAGGAUUCUGCUUCAUGGACCAAUCGGUGCCGGCAAGUCCAGUUUCAUCAACUCUGUGGACAGUGUCUUAAAAGGCAGAAUUGCCAGUCGAGCUCCAACAGAUGCAACAACUGGGAGAAGCUUCACCAGAGAGUACAAAACUUACAAAAUCCAUAAAGGUCCAGGCAACUUUUAUUCUUUUGUGUUCAAUGACAUCAUGGGCUUUGAGAAAGAAACCAACACUGGUGUUCUUGUGAAAGACGUCAAACUGGCCCUGAGAGGACAUGUGGAAGACGGUUACAAGUUCUGUCCCAGCCAGAAACUGAUGAAGGAUGAUAAAGGUUACAACUCAUCUCCCACUCUGGACGACAAAGUUCACGUUCUGGUUUGUGUGCUUCCUGCCGACAAAGUAUCCUUAACAAGUGAUGAAGUUGUGCAGAAGAUGAGAGAAGUCAGAGAGACAGCCAGAGACAUGGGAAUUCCACAACUGGCUGUUCUCACCAAAGUGGAUGAAACCUGUCCUGAAACGAAGAAAAAUAUAAAGAAUGUCUAUAAGAGCAAGUACCUGAAGAAACAGGUCGACACAUUCAGCAAGUUGCUGGGUCUUCCACAGAACUGCGUCUUCCUCUUGAAGAACUACGGUCCAGAUGCCAACAUGAAUGAUGACAAUGAUGUGGUGAUACUGAACACACUGAGACAGAUGAUAGACUUGGGAGACGACUUCCUCAACGACCUGUAGACCUGAAUACUGCUGAAGAAGACUUUGUACAAAUCUUUGUACGAAAACAGUUUUAUUGAGGAAUAGUUGCAGUGUGGUUGUAUGAGGUUUCUAUUAUCCAUUAUUGUAUUAUCAACUGGAGAAGCAGGCAGGAGUAACGUUAUCAACAUUGAAGCUUCAUUUACAAUAUAUAUGCUAGCUAUAGCUACGUUUAAAAUAUUUUCUCCGCUUGACAAUGCCUCUAAUGCAGUCAUAUCUAUAUAUGCCCGCU